AUGAAUUCAAUCAUCCCAUCAUGGGGAACUGAAUCUACAACAAUGGAUGAAAAUUACCCAAUUCUUCCCGAAGGUUAUAAAACAUGGACACAGGUCAGGAUUCUGACCUUCAUCAUUGCCCUGGUUGGCCUGUUGGGAAAUGCAGGAGUGCUGUGGAUCCUGGGCUUCCGCCUGAAAAGGAACUCCUUCUCCAUCUACAUUCUCAACCUGGCAGGGGCAGACGUCAUCAUUCUCCUAGUGGAGAUCUUCUUUUUCCUAGAGGAAUUUAUUGACUCCUUCCAACACAUCUCUCAAUACUUCAGCAUUGUAUGGACCUUUGCCUACCUCUCACAUCUGAGCAUUCUCAGCUGCAUAAGCACUGAACGCUGCCUGUCUGUCCUGUUUCCCAGCUGGUACCGGUGCCUACGCCCAAGACACACAUCAGCUGUCAUCUGUGCCCUGCUCUGGAUUCUGUCCCUGCUACUGAACAUUCUGGAAGGAAAACUAUGUGGCUUGCUGUUUCAUAACCUCAGCGAUGAUCACUGUGCUGGAUUUCAAAUUUUUCUUUCUGCAUGGGUGCUUUUGUUACUUGUGAUUCUGUUUGUGUUUAACAUAAUUUUGCUGAUGAAGAUGUUCUGUGGUUUCCACAGGAAGAAGUUGACCAGGUUCUAUGCAUCCAUCCUGCUUACAGUGUUGAUCUUCCUCCUCUGGACCCUGCCCGUCAGCAUUUAUGAGUUCUUACCACUCUGGAUUACAAUUCCUUUUCCGAUGUUACCUUUGCACUGGGCUCUGCUUCUCCUCUGUAUUAACAGUAGUGCCAACCCCAUUAUCUACUUCUUUGUGGGUUCCUUUAGGCAGAGGCUGUGGCAGCGGCAGCUGACCCUCAAGAUUGUCCUACAGAGGGUGCUGCAGGACGAUGUAGAGGUGGAGGAGCAUGGAAGAAAUCUCCCUCAAGAACCUGUGCAGAGGUCAGGGAACAAACAGUGUGGUGUAGCGCUCAGAGUCUUGAGCUUGGAGAUUCCAGACUGA